CGAAGGAUGAAUCGAUCAAUAGCAGAAAAUUUUCUUGACAGCGAAGCAUUUGUUUUAGAAGGAACUGUGUACGACAAUACCACCUGCGUGAUAAGAAAUUAAAAGAGCCUGUCGACGUUUCCCUAGCAUGGCAACCAUCAAGGCAAUGUUUUCUUUUGUUGCGACAACACAUCUCGACGACUUAGAAGACGAGGUUCUCGAUGAGGCUGUUGAGGAAACUCCGUUGCUUCCGAAAUUGGAAAUAGAAUCCAUAGGAUACUUGAUGAGCGUCGAUGACGAAUUCGAGAGAGAGAAUAUCGACAAUCGAUUGUCGGGUUUGUCCGACUGCGCGAGCGACAUUAGUGCAGAAGAUACUUCCGAUUGCAAGUUUCAUCUUGGAGACGAUCGCGUGAGUAUACAGAACGUUCAUGUCAGUCCAAGACGAACUCCAUCCUACGAAAAUUUUGGGGUAGUCUACAACCAGGUACCAACUCAAAUCAGGGAUAACAGGAAGCUUGUUGUCGAUUUGAAUCUUCUUGAAGCGGAAAGAGGAAGGCUAUACCUUGCCGAACAAUCUUUUUUCAACGGCAAAAACCCACCCAAGUAUGCUAUAACAAUCCGACCCAGUCUCUACAUGCAUAUCAUGAAUGACAUCAAUUCUUCUUUCACUUCUCCAUGCGGAUUGUAUUUUUGUUGCCAUGGUGGAGACGGAGCCCAUACCGGUGUAUCUACUGACGAUUUUGUUCACAUUCAGUUGGCGUGGGUGAUAGUGAUUUUUGUCUUGGCUUUGCUAUUGAUAGUUGAAUUCACCUCAUCUUAGCUGGAGAGGCAAGCAUAUGUAAUCAAUUCAUAUUGGUGGUGUGCUGGAGGCCUUCACCCCAAGAGUAUGAUUGUCCUUGGAUAGAUCAGUGCAAUGACCUUCCUAUUUUUCUGUAUACUUGUGCUACUAAAAUUAAUGUUUGUUCUAAUAUAUUGAUUAAUAGAUCUUAUGUAGAAUU